GAAUUAUUUAUCUCUGUCACUUCAAUGUUUUACGCUAUAGUUGUCUUUUUCGUUCAGAAUUUAGGAAAAACAAGUUACCGAAUUUGUCUACCAACUUAAGCAAAAAAUCUGUCAUAUUCGCGAAAAGCUAUUGUUAUAAUUUAAAUUAUUAUUUUGGAUUUCAUAACAGAAAAAAUACAAUUUUCAUAAAGUAAACAAUGUUUUUAACUAACGUUUUGUUGAAGAAAGCGAAAAGCAAAUAUAUAAUGGUUCUAAUGGAGAGUGUUGCAUCGGGACACCACCAAAUGAGAAUAAGGGAACGUUUGGCGGACAAACUGGAAUUUGUACGAUUCGACCCUUACAUUCAACAAGAAAGCCUCUACAGGGAAAGGAAAAAGAUCAGAAGUAUGAAAUCCACAUGGACACCGAAAACAUAUAACUAGAUAUACCAAAUAAUUGUAAGUAGGUAGAUAUUUAUAAGUUUAGAAUUAACUCUGGCAACAAGAUUAUGUAAGUUACUGCUUUAAAAAUUUAAUAUAUUUGUUUGUCAGAA